AUAAGCGGGAAAAGGAUAUCGCAAAGCCAAACCAAGAUUUGUGGGCACAGAAAGGACACAUCGGAAGCUUCAAAAUGACCAGAAAUUUAUUCCCAAUAUCUAUUAAUUCAUUCGUUAUCCAGACAAAACAAAAUCUUAUUUGAAUAAGGAAAAUUUUUUUUCCAAUGUUGGGCUCACCUUCGAGAAUUGGAUCAGUUUCAUGCGUAAUUGAUGUGGGUUGCUCUCAUUCUUCAUUACUAUUUCCUGUUAAUACGAAAAACUCCAUUUCUUUAAAAAGAUUUAGCCAACAAUUUUCUCGUCUUCAAACAACCAAGGCCAUCACCCCAACCACCACCACCCCAAUACUGGACGACUCUGAAUCUGACGCUUCCGUUGGACAAUCUCGGAGUUCUGCUGAUUGGAAAGCAGCAAGGGCUUACAAAGAGAGUGGUUUUGUGUACGAGGGAAGGAUUGAAGGUUUCAAUGGUGGAGGUUUGCUUGUCCGCUUCUUUUCUCUUGUGGGGUUUCUUCCCUUUUCCCAGUUGAGCCCUUCUCAUUCUUGUAAAGAGUCACAUAAAACCAUCCAUGAGGUAGCCAAAGGCUUGGCUGGUUCACUUAUAUCUGUUAAGGUUAUCCAAGCAGAUGAGGAGAACAAGAAAUUGAUUUUCUCUGAAAAGGAAGCUGUUUGGACAAAGUAUUCUCAGAGCGUUAAUGUAGAGGAUAUUUUUAUAGGAAGGGUCGGUUCCGUUGAGGAUUAUGGUGCCUUCAUUCACUUACGUUUUCCGGAUGGUCUUUAUCAUUUAACUGGACUAGUUCAUGUCUCUGAGGUUUCUUGGGACCUAGUUCAAGACGUGAGAGAUAUCCUUAAUGAAGGUGAUGAAGUAAGGGUCAAAGUUAUAAAGAUCGACAGAGAGAAGUCAAGGAUCACCUUAUCAAUCAAACAGUUGGAAGAAGAUCCACUUCUAGAAACUUUGGACAAAGUGAUUCCAAAGGAUGCGUCAGCUAAGCCUGAGUCAAUGAGUGUGAGCAAUAACAAUGCCAUUGAGCCUCUUCCAGGUCUUGGAGCAAUAUUUGAAGAGCUUCUGCUGGAAGACGGUAUAGAUGAUGUAAGAAUCACACAACAAGGGUUUGAGAAACGGGUUGUUUCACAAGACUUGCAGCUAUGGCUCUCAAAUGCACCACCAGUUGAUGGGAAGUUUACUCUCCUAGCUCGUGCUGGAAGACAGGUGCAGGAGAUACAACUGACAACACUACUUGAUCAGGAAGGUCUUUGCUGCUGCUUUUGUACAGAGUUUAUUUUGAGUUUAAAAGACAUGGUAGAUUUUUGUUCUCAUUUAAAAUUUCUAACUGUAAAAAGAAGCAUUCGGUAUACUACAACCGGAUAUUCAAAAACUUAAUAUAUAACCAUGGAAUUAAAUUAUUAUCAGGGGAAUAAUAAAUUAUAUAUUAUUCA